AUGUUUGUUUAUUUCUAUUCUAAAAAUGUCUUAUCAUCAUCAUCAUCAUCAUCAUCAUCAUCAUCAUCAUCAUCAUCAUCAUCAUCAUCAUCAUCAUCAUCAUCAUCAUCAUCAUCAUCAUCAUCAUCAUCAUCAUCAUCAUCAUCAUCAUCAUCAUCAUCAUCAUCAUCAUCAUCAUCAUCAUCAUCAUCAUCAUCAUCAUCAUCAUCAUCAUCAUCAUCAUCAUCAUCAUCAUCAUCAUCAUCAUCAUCAUCAUCAUCAUCAUCAUCAUCAUCAUCAUCAUCAUCAUCAUCAUCAUCAUCAUCAUCAUCAUCAUCAUCAUCAUCAUCAUCAUCAUCAUCAUCAUCAUCAUCAUCAUCAUCAUCAUCAUCAUCAUCAUCAUCAUCAUCAUCAUCAUCAUCAUCAUCAUCAUCAUCAUCAUCAUCAUCAUCAUCAUCAUCAUCAUCAUCAUCAUCAUCAUCAUCAUCAUCAUCAUCAUCAUCAUCAUCAUCAUCAUCAUCAUCAUCAUCAUCAUCAUCAUCAUCAUCAUCAUCAUCAUCAUCAUCAUCAUCAUCAUCAUCAUCAUCAUCAUCAUCAUCAUCAUCAUCAUCAUCAUCAUCAUCAUCAUCAUCAUCAUCAUCAUCAUCAUCAUCAUCAUCAUCAUCAUCAUCAUCAUCAUCAUCAUCAUCAUCAUCAUCAUCAUCAUCAUCAUCAUCAUCAUCAUCAUCAUCAUCAUCAUCAUCAUCAUCAUCAUCAUCAUCAUCAUCAUCAUCAUCAUCAUCAUCAUCAUCAUCAUCAUCAUCAUCAUCAUCAUCAUCAUCAUCAUCAUCAUCAUCAUCAUCAUCAUCAUCAUCAUCAUCAUCAUCAUCAUCAUCAUCAUCAUCAUCAUCAUCAUCAUCAUCAUCAUCAUCAUCAUCAUCAUCAUCAUCAUCAUCAUCAUCAUCAUCAUCAUCAUCAUCAUCAUCAUCAUCAUCAUCAUCAUCAUCAUCAUCAUCAUCAUCAUCAUCAUCAUCAUCAUCAUCAUCAUCAUCAUCAUCAUCAUCAUCAUCAUCAUCAUCAUCAUCAUCAUCAUCAUCAUCAUCAUCAUCAUCAUCAUCAUCAUCAUCAUCAUCAUCAUCAUCAUCAUCAUCAUCAUCAUCAUCAUCAUCAUCAUCAUCAUCAUCAUCAUCAUCAUCAUCAUCAUCAUCAUCAUCAUCAUCAUCAUCAUCAUCAUCAUCAUCAUCAUCAUCAUCAUCAUCAUCAUCAUCAUCAUCAUCAUCAUCAUCAUCAUCAUCAUCAUCAUCAUCAUCAUCAUCAUCAUCAUCAUCAUCAUCAUCAUCAUCAUCAUCAUCAUCAUCAUCAUCAUCAUCAUCAUCAUCAUCAUCAUCAUCAUCAUCAUCAUCAUCAUCAUCAUCAUCAUCAUCAUCAUCAUCAUCAUCAUCAUCAUCAUCAUCAUCAUCAUCAUCAUCAUCAUCAUCAUCAUCAUCAUCAUCAUCAUCAUCAUCAUCAUCAUCAUCAUCAUCAUCAUCAUCAUCAUCAUCAUCAUCAUCAUCAUCAUCAUCAUCAUCAUCAUCAUCAUCAUCAUCAUCAUCAUCAUCAUCAUCAUCAUCAUCAUCAUCAUCAUCAUCAUCAUCAUCAUCAUCAUCAUCAUCAUCAUCAUCAUCAUCAUCAUCAUCAUCAUCAUCAUCAUCAUCAUCAUCAUCAUCAUCAUCAUCAUCAUCAUCAUCAUCAUCAUCAUCUCAUCAUCAUCAUCAUCAUCAUCAUCAUCAUCAUCAUCAUCAUCAUCAUCAUCAUCAUCAUCAUCAUCAUCAUCAUCAUCAUCAUCAUCAUCAUCAUCAUCAUCAUCAUCAUCAUCAUCAUCAUCAUCAUCAUCAUCAUCAUCAUCAUCAUCAUCAUCAUCAUCAUCAUCAUCAUCAUCAUCAUCAUCAUCAUCAUCAUCAUCAUCAUCAUCAUCAUCAUCAUCAUCAUCAUCAUCAUCAUCAUCAUCAUCAUCAUCAUCAUCAUCAUCAUCAUCAUCAUCAUCAUCAUCAUCAUCAUCAUCAUCAUCAUCAUCAUCAUCAUCAUCAUCAUCAUCAUCAUAUGAACUGA